AUGGUAUUUCGUGCCCUAGAACGGAAGGAGCACGAAUGUGUACCUGCACAAGCGAAGGCGUCCGACAAGACCCCACAUAAGGUCCCAACGAUCAGAGUCGCCUUUUCUCAGGCUGUGCGCGAUUCUUCCUCCUCACCACGUCUCACGGCUCUGUCCAGGUCUCUCCCGAAGAUAUUCGUCGACAUGGCUGAGUGGUGGGAGACGGACCCGGAGACUGCGUCAUGGUACAAGCAUACACUGUCCCUAUUGGACGAUAGCUCUAGUGACCUUGAAUAUCCAGUCCUGAAGCUGCGCGCUGAGUUGUUAGGGACCACCGAGGCGGAGCAAGAGAGUGCACAGAAAAGGGAUGUCACGUAUGAUGAUGUACAGCCGAUGACGGAAGAUGCUCGCGAGGCCAUGAAGAGUGCUGUCAUGAACAUGCACUGCACUUACGGUGUAUUCAGCGAUUGGAUGGACGAAUUACAGAAGUCGUCAUCUAAUAGGCCAUCCAGUCUCGAGCUCAAGUUGAUGGACCUUGUCACAAGGCUCAAGAACGGCUCUUCCAUUACCCUCUCAGCGACCAAAGACAUCGUCAAAUCCCACCAAAUAUUCACUCGCUGCGUCGCGGAUAACUUCGAACGCUCCACCGACAGCGGGGUCAUGGUUUACGACAUCGAGAUCAAAAGGCUCGCCAAUGAUAUCGACGAUCUGUCCGCCAAGGUUUCCGCCAGUGUUAAUACCAUGCGCGAAACGUUGAAGGAGCUCGUCGAGACGGUAGAGACCGGGCAGAAGAAGAACAAGAGGACCUUGUCGAGAACCAAAACGUGGAUGUGGCUGAGGAAGAUUGUUCAGGUGUUUUCUACACUCCUUAUGGCGGCUGCGACGAUCAGCAAAGUCGCAUUUCAGUCGGCGGACCGUGGGAUGGAGUUCUCUGUGGGGGCAGAUGUGCUCAAAGGCGCAGUAGUCCUGAUGGAGAAGAAGGAAUUGACGCCUCCCAGCGCACGAGACUUCGAUAAUAUCCUUCAGAGUUUGAAGGAGAAGAUCCCGGAGCAGGCGAAAGAUGCAGAGAAAACCCUCUCGAGGUUCCAAGAAUGUCAUCGGAUUGUGCAGCUGCAGGUGCAAAUCAAGGACGGAGAGAGUCUGAGGAUCGCAAAAGACAUUGCGAAGCAGCUACAGCGUGGGUGGGAGAUAAGCAAUGCCCGGAUGAUGCUGAUUCAAGUGUAG